CGUAUUUGACCCGGAAGUCGAUUGACGACGGAAACGACAGCGGAGGGGAAUAGUUGAGUAGUAUCCAUUGUAGUCUUCUGUAUUUCUUUCAUAGCUAUUUUGUUCAUUGCAUCUAUUCCAAAAAAGCGUUUGGAUUUAGUCGCGUUUGCAGGGAGGUUUAAUCUCACGUGCACACGUAAGAUAUGUCGGUUGCGCCCCCCAAUCGCUCGAGCACAGGUUGGCCGCGCGGGAGUUCCUCUCAGUUUGGAAGCAAAUACAUGACCGGCCCGGCGAAGCCUCUCACCCUGGAGAGGACUAUCAAUCUUUAUCCUCUCACCAACUACACCUUUGGGACCAAAGAGCCUUUGUAUGAGAAGGACAGCUCAGUGGCGGCCAGAUUCCAGAGGAUGCGCGAGGAGUUUGACAAGAUGGGAAUGAGGAGGACCGUGGAAGGCGUACUUAUCGUCCACGAACAUAGGCUGCCGCAUGUCCUACUUCUGCAACUGGGCACUACUUUCUUCAAGCUGCCUGGUGGGGAGUUGAGUCCUGGAGAAGAUGAGGUGGAAGGGCUGAAACGCCUAAUGACCGAGAUUCUCGGGCGGCAGGAUGGCGUGAAGCAGGAUUGGGUGAUUGAUGACUGUAUUGGCAACUGGUGGCGCCCUAACUUUGAGCCUCCACAGUAUCCCUACAUUCCAGCUCAUAUUACCAAACCUAAGGAGCAUAAGAAACUUUUCCUGGUUCAGCUGCAGGAAAAAGCACUGUUUGCUGUCCCAAAAAAUUAUAAACUGGUGGCAGCCCCGUUGUUUGAGCUGUAUGACAACGCCCCUGGGUAUGGACCCAUCAUUUCUAGCCUACCGCAGCUCCUCAGCAGGUUCAACUUCAUCUACAACUAAGUGAAGUUCAUUUGGCUGUCUCUGUGAGUGCAGCCCAGUCGAAGUGAAUCUUGAAGACCACGUGGACAAUGCAGAGAAACUACAACUUCUCAUCUUCGGCUCCACUUUCACAUGAGAGAAAUGUGACCUGUGCUGAAUAUAUUGACAGUCCGCCAGGGAUAUUUAGCUACACUUUUGUCAGGAAAAAAAAACAAAAACUGUUCUUUUUUUUUUAAUCUCAAUGGACUGGUGUUUUUGUUUGUUUGUUUUGUAGAAGAUGCAUGUAUAUUGCAUUAUGUUCAGAUUUUAAGCCUUCUCUGGAAAGGUUUGAUUAAACCAACAAUUACUUUGCGUUUACUGUCAUUUUAAAGUAUGUUGUUUUUUCCUUUUUAAUAAAAAAAAUGAAAUUGAA